ACCAUACCGCGCGUGAGAGCUCGUCGUCGUUUCCGACGGUGAAGCCACGCGGAGGAUAGCCAUGGCCGCCUUACUCCACCAAGCGGCUACCCCGACCGCAAAACCACCCCACCGCCCAUGGGCUCUCAACUCCACACACAGCCGCCUCUCACCGCUCUCUAAACGACGGCGCGCCCCAGCCAUCCGCUCGGCGGCCACGGACAGCAGCUUCAGCUCCGGCGAGACGCCGUCCAAGAAGACCACCCGGAAGGAGAAGCAACAGGAGCGGCGGCGGCAGCAGGACGUGCAGGAACGGCAGCAGCAGCUCCUGGGGAUGGAAGAAGCGUCCCUGGCGAAGCAAGACGGCGGCGGCAGCAACGGCGAGGUUGACGACGACGACGAGCUUCCGCAGCCCGUGUUCGACCGCAUCCUGCGCCGGAUCGCGUUCACGGUGGGCCUUCCCAUGGCGUCGGGCGUCGCGCUGCUCAACGUGUACGACGCGCUCAAGCGCGGCCAGGGGGUGGUGGUGCCAUCGUGGGUGCCAUUGCUGACCAUCCUCGUCGCCUUCGGCACGUCGGCGCUGGGUAUCGCCUACGGCACGCUGUCGGCUAGCUGGGACCCCGACAAGGAAGGGUCGCUGCUCGGCAUCGACGAGGCCCGGGCCAACUGGCCCGUGCUGUGGCAGGAAGAGAUUGAGAAGCAGAAGGCAAAGCAGAAGAAGAAAUGACCGGCUGGACAUGAGACUGAAAAUCUUGCGCACCUUGCUACUGAUCAUGUAAUAUUCGUUGGGGGUAUCGAUCCUACCUUUCAGUAAAAAGAAAAUAUAAAUUAGCUGAGUAAUACACAAGUACUGAAUUUUGAAUAGAGAAUACUAUAAUAGCG